AGAGUCUCUGUUUGAAAAGUUAAACCCGUUUCAGUUGGUCAUGUGAUACAGUGAUUGACAACCCUGGAGACCAAAAAGAGACAGAAGACUGCAAGAGCGUCCACCAAUGAAAAGCGGUGAGGCGAUCCUUUGUAAAUCUCCUUGUUCCAUAUGAAAACUUUAUCGGUUUCGGGUGCAAAGUUUCAAACCGUCUGCAAACAGCAGAGCUCGAGACUAUGUGGUCCCGUGUUUGAAUUUCGUGUUUUUUCCAGCUCUUGUCUACGUGCUUGAAAUUGCGGAUUUUGGAGUGAGGGAAUCGUUUUUUCUGAAGAACAAAUGAUACAUUUGAAGCGAUACGCAUUAUUUCAAAUAAGCAGGCAGCCACACGGAUACAUGCCUAGUCAAGUACUCAUUGGCAAUUGAUACAGUUACUGCCUUUCUGAGUGCUUUUUGCACCAAGAUUGAUUCUGUUGGUCUGUGAGUAGAUCUGAUAUUAUUAUAUAUUUGUAUUUAUUGUUACUGUAAAAUAUACAGUUUUAAACUGGGAAUCAGUCACCUGAGUGAAACAUUUUUCUUUUUAUUCACACGUACAAAACAGAUUACGAUACGGUAGACGGCAGACUCGUAGUUAAUUAGGGUUCGUUUGUCUUAGUAAUUUAUACUCGUCUAGGUUUUAUUGAUCGGUAUAAUACGAUUUUACUAUCGCAGACUUUAAAUAUUAAAGUGAUUUUAAAAUAUUUGUUAAAUUUAAGAAAUUGUACACAUCCAUUCAGGUAAAAUGGCUUGUGAGCCUGACAGGGUACGGCUGCUAUGCAUGAUGUCGCUGACUUUUGGAUUUUUCAUUGUGGAGGUUGUGGUCAGUCGUAUAACCUCUUCUUUGGCUAUGCUUUCGGACUCUUUUCAUAUGCUAUCAGAUGUCAUAGCUUUAGUAGUGGCUUUUGUCGCUGUUCGUUUUGCUGAGAAAACUCAGUCUACCAGCAAAAACACCUUCGGGUGGAUUCGUGCCGAAGUGAUGGGUGCCUUGGUGAACGCUGUGUUUUUGACUGCUCUGUGUUUCACCAUUAUACUGGAAGCUAUUGAGCGUUUCACGGAGCCACGAGAAAUUGAAAACCCGCGGGUAGUUAUCGGGGUGGGCGUUGGGGGUCUCCUAGUCAACCUGUUUGGUCUCUGUAUGUUUCAUGGACACGCAGGGAGUGGACACGGGCACUCCCACGGUGGUGGUCAUGGACACUCUCACGGGAAUAAGAAAAACAAAAGGAACAAAAUAUGCAAGGCCGAAACACCGUCGGGGAACGGGUCGUCUGUUGAGGAGACCAACAACCUGGUAGGAAACUGCAACAGUCCUAACGGAGUUAAUUCUGACAGACCUGAAAGACAUGAUCUGAUGCAAGAAAACAGUUUGCAUAUCCAUAGCAAGACCCACUACGAUGAACUGGAUCACGGUGACGAAUCAGCUUCGCAGCUCAACAUGCGUGGCGUCUUCCUGCACGUCCUGGGGGAUGCCCUGGGCUCGGUCAUUGUGGUGGUGAAUGCCAUUAUCUUUACUUUUGUGUGGCAGCCCUGUCCUGAAGGCGGGCCCUGUGUCAACCCAUGUGUGGACAGCCACUGCAUGGACCACUACCACAUCAACCAUACGCUGGUGAGCGUGCUGACGAACAGCACCCAGGCCAUUACGAGUGCAGGGCCCUGCUGGGUCCUCUACUUGGAUCCCACUCUCUGCAUCAUCAUGGUUUUCAUUCUGCUGUACACCACAUACCCACUUCUGAAAGAGUCAGCCCUUAUCCUGCUUCAGACAGUGCCCAAGCAGAUCGACAUGCAGCUACUGAAUGAAAAGCUGCGCAACGUGGAGGGUGUACUGGCUGUCCAUGAGCUGCACAUCUGGCAGCUGGCAGGUAGCCGUAUCAUUGCUACAGCCCACAUCAAGUGCCACGACCCCACCUCCUAUAUGGAUGUGGCCAAGCGCAUCAAGGAUUUCUUCCACAAUGAGGGCAUCCAUGCCACCACCAUCCAGCCAGAGUUUGUCACCUUCAACUCGGAAUCCCGUAUCUCUUUAUGCGAGCUCUCCUGCAGGACCCAGUGCGCCCCCAAGCUGUGCUGUGGCAACGGAGACAAGCCAGAGAAAAAGGCCACGGACAAGGCCACGGGGCUGCCCAUCCCCUGCCUAGAGAUCAUCAAUGAGUCUCCAGAGCACAGGGGCAGGGAACAGCCUCCUGUGGAGGUGGAAAACCAAGUGGUUGCAAGGUCAGAUGGAGAGGUAGUGAUCCAGAGAGAGUCUCAUGUUGUGUGAAGUAAUUGGAGAUGGAGGAACAUUGUUUCACCAGGAGGAUGGGACAGAUGAAACAAUCAUUUACAUACUACACAGGGUGUUUAAAACUGUGACAAAGUUGUAAGGUGAUGAAUAUACUCUGCAACAAUACAAAAUGACAGUAGGCGGAAGAGGAGAGGGUGGGGGUUGUGUAAACCCAAUGUACAGGCUUUUUUGGUCUAUCAUGACAUUCCAAGACUUUAUAAACAGCAGGUAUACCAUGUCAGAGUUGCCCCAAAGGGCAAGAAGCCUCUUCAAUGAUUUGAUGUGCUCCAACUAAUCUAGUCAAUAUUAGGAUUGAAAAUAAAUAGCUGUAAAUCCCAUCCCUUAUAUUUUUCAAAUAUUGAAAUGGCGGGGGGAAAGGUUUUUCUAGUAUAGUAUAAUAGCUCUGGAAGAACACCCCUUCCUCCAAAUUCUCUAGAGCUGUUAGGAUGGCUUUGUCUUCAAACUUAGGGGUAACUCUAGCAAUGCAACUUAUUCUGUUCGUUAUUUCAAGGAUUGAACAGUGCAUUACAUGUGCUGUCUUUACCUUGUUGAAUGGAAUUUGUUACGCAACUUGUUUCCUAGCCACCAGUUAAUCCUGCUUUUUAUAACUGAAAAUGACUCUAACAAAGUUAACCCUCAUAAGUGUUUGUUUCUGGCCGGUUGCCAUCUGCUCUGAAUCUGAAUGUAAACAGCUGAUUUUUUUUGUGGGGGAGGGGUGAUCCUUUUUUUUUUCUUGCAGCUGGCUGGAAUGGUUUGGGAAAGGGCUUAAAUUUGAGGAUGUAAUAAUAAAUUGCAUUGCAAACAACUCCUCCUACCUUCAACACUAUGAGAAAAUAACCAAGCUGCUGCUUCCACAAACUUUCCAGUAUCAGUUCUGUCUUUAUAUACUUUGUUGCUUUUUCUCUAUCUUUACUUCUCCCUCUUUAAUUCUGAUUUAUUUUGUUCUCUUCUAGACCAUCCCCCCCUCCUUUUUUUAAAUAUAUAUUUGUGUAAUAUACCCAACCCUAUCUAUGGGAGAAACAAUCAAUAUGACUGGUGCAAAUGGUCAAGAUCCAAGUUUGCUCAGACUCCUGUACAUACCCUUUUUUGUAGCAAAAUAUAUAAGGAUAAGCAAAACUAGAGCUACUUUGGUUCCAUUAUUUCUAAUAGAUUUUCUUCCAGGGAACCGUCCUGCUACUUUGGUUAACCAACCCCUUACAUUUGUGCCUAGUUGGAAGCCCACAAAACAUAAAAAGGUUAAUUCCAUAACAACCAUAGGGAAUAAAGCACAACUUCACCUAUCUUGGAUAAGUGCUUAUGGCAUACCACAAAUUAGCUGAUUUCUUGAGCCAUAGUAGUAGGUCUUAACUUUUUUCAACUGUACUAAAAAAAAAACAAAAGAAAAAAAAAAAACCUUUAUAUAAAUGAUUGUGUAAGACAACCAAGCAUGUGUUUGACAAAAGUAUUGUGCACCUAAACUACUGUAUAAAAGCAUAGUGUAUUGCUUUUGGUAGCUUCGGCACUGCUGGAGAGCCCUAAAAAAAGCAGAAGCUCCUAUGGCGUAAAAAUAUCAAAUAAGAACUCAAAGGAUUUGGAGGAUAAAUUCAUACAUGGUGUUACAAUACCUAAGUAAAGUGGUACACUGCCAAAACACUAAGUGUAAUACGUGUAAUACGUGUAAUACUUUCAUAAAAAUGUACCUAAAUACAUUUGACCUCAGUUGAAUUGGUUACCUGAAGUCUGCAAAUACCUUCAGACUUCAGGUAACUAAUUCAACUGAGGUCAAAUGUAUUUAGGUACAUUUUUAUGAAAGUUCUCACUUGUUUCAGUUUCUGUUAAGUCCUUAACCUGCAAAUUAACAGCAAUGUUGCAAAAGUUGGUCAACAGCAGCUGCUACACAACAAAAAACAGAAUGUACUAUAUUUAGGCCUUGAACUUUUUGGGGCUUUGAUUUUUGAUCACAUAGUGUACCUUUUAAACUUAUUUUGAGCCAAUUCUGUUUCCUAAUUAAACUCAGAAAAGCUGUCCAUUACAAAACAUUGUCACUUGUUUUUACCUUCAUAUCUUGACUGAGCCUAAUUCUGUUUAGCUUAAUUUUUAUUUCAAACAGACAAAUUAUGUUAAUUGCUCAUCGCUGAUCCAAAUUGCAUUUAAUUCUUGCAGUCGUGUAGCUUAUCGUUGUGCUUUUUUUCACUCGUUUAACAGAGUUUUCACUCGUUUAACAGAGUUGUCCUGACAUUUUCUUUUCAGCAUAAAAUACACAGUACAGAGUCCAGACUGAUAGCAAGUCCAUCAUUUAAAAUCCCCUUGAUUUUGUAGCAAAGAAAAGAUUGAUGUUAAACCCAGUCUUUAAUUAGUAGUUUUCUCUAUUAGGAUGCAGAAACAGGAUAACAAGUGAUUAACAUUUAAAGGGAGGUAAGGAUUAGGAAAAUAAAAACCAAAAAGUUCAAGCCCUAACUAUAUUCCAAGUGCACACUAAUACCCUUUAAUUACCUGUCUGCUGAGAUUUACCAGAAUGCCUUGGUUUCUUUGUACAAUCUGUUUAUUCAGAAAGUCAGGUCAUUGGAUUCAGAAUAUCUAAUAAAAUUGCUUUUCAAAAUUGUCCCUGAAUGCCUUAGGCAUAGUUUUGAUUAUGAAGUUUUAUGUCAUAUAAUAAAGUAUUGCACACGGUGCCUUUUACAGCUCCAUGAUGUUAUAUUUUAACAUUGUCCUUAACGUUUUUUCUUUCAUCCAGGAGUUUGUAACAGUAUUAUAUUGAACUUACUAUCCUAAACAUUUCCACUGUGCUCCAGGAGUUUGUGCAUCUUAGGCUGGUUCUGUAAUUUAAAAAUGGUACAGUCAAAUCAAUGUAUACAACUUUUGUACUUUCAAAAGUAUCCCUUUGAACAUUCCAUGAACAUGUUAAUUAAAAAAAAAAAAAUAAAAAAAAAAAUGCAAUUGAAUGCAAAUGUUUUGGUACUGAUUGAGAAAUAUGGACAUUACCAGGUUUACUGUAAUAGCAAGUAGGUUAAGUUUUCAGACAACUUUUAAAAAGCUUUAAUUUCAAUGGGAGAACGUCCCAUUUAUUGCAUGUUUCCUGACAGGGAUUGCAUUAGGAUGAAAAACUCUGUUGGUCCAAUGUUGCCACCUUUUGCACUUUGCAGUAUAUUUCAGUGUAACACAUUACACAGUAUUGACCUUGAGACCUAAGAGUUCAUUGCAUUUUGUUCUGUUGUACAUCUUGUAUUAUCAUUUUUUUUAUUGUAUUAAUAGAGUAAUCUAUUUUUGUGGUAGGUAUAUUGCCUCUAUUUUACUUUUCUUGAUAAUAGAUUGUACAUUUCACAUUAAUAAAAGCUGGAUCCCAUUCAAAUACUGUCCUGACAAUAGACAUUAGACCCCCGAGGAUAUUGCUGCAGGUGUGAGAAAUCUGUCCAGAAUGUUCUAUUGCUGCUGUUGUUUUUGUCAGAUAGCUACAUGCUUGCUAUUCCCUGGUCUUUUACUGGUGUCCUUCAUGGCAUUCUUCUGUAUGCUAUACCCUGACCCAUAACAAUCCCAAGGCCUAAGAUAGGUGAGACCACAUUGAAUUCAGUCAGCAAAGCUUUGUCGGCCAUUGGGAGUUGGAUGUUAAAGGUGUCUGAUCAUUUGACGUUCAGAGUUAGGGCUACCCCCAAAAGCCACUGACCAUGUGGUGCUCUUGUAAGCAGGGUUACUCCCCAUAGUAGUACCAUUUUUGUGUGUGUGUUCUGAGGACCAUAUGUACCAUAUACAGCUGUGUAAAAAGCUGUUUAUUUUCAGUCUUUUGGUAAUGCAAAUCUUGUUAAGUAGCAUAUUGUUCAGACUUAAGCAGUAGCACUUAAAUUAAAGAACACUAUACACACACAUUUUAUAUAUAUACACACGCACACUUUUGAUGCUUGAAUUAGAAUUAUAAAAAGGCUGUUGCCAACCACAUGUUGGCAGAGACUGAAAUGCAUCCAUGGCAACCUCUCUAAUUCCACUUCUGUUUUGUCAUAGCUUGACUUGAAAUGUGUGAUUGCAUUAUAUUUUCUAAUGCUGUUAGUGCAAAUAGUUGAAAUUAUCAAUGCUCAAUUGGUGUUGA